AUGGACCUAGUUAACCCAGAGCUGCAUCUCUACAUGACUUUCCCAGACAUACAAACAUUUAGAGAAGCUGUUAAAGAGUACAAUCUUUUGAGGGGCAAGGAAAUUAGGUUCAAAAAGAAUGAAAGAAGAAAGUCUAUUGUUGUGUGUAGGGAUGACAAGUGUCGGUACCGAGUAUAUGCAAUGCAGGUUUCUGAUGAACAAACAUUUCAGAUAAGAUCUAUGCAGCCUAAACAUGUGUGUGGUAGGCAAUACAAGAACUCCAUUGUGAACUCAACUUGGAUAUCGAACAAGUUGAUUGAAAAGUUCCGAAUUCAGCUGAAUAUGCUCUUGAAUGUCAUACAACAUGAAGUGAAGGAAAAGUGGAAAGUGGAUGUGAGUCCAAGUAUGAUGUAUAGGGCUAGGGCCAAGGCAUGUCAAAAAAUAUUCAGGAAGCUUCAAGACCAAUAUGGUCACCUGUGGGAUUAUUGCAAGACAUUGAGACAAACGAAUAGGGGAAGUUGUAUGAUGAUGAAGGUUGACAGGCCAAACCCAAAUGUGCUUCCAAAGUUUGGAAGAUUGUAUUUUUCUCUUGCUGCAAUGAAGAAGGGGUUUCUGGAUGGUUGGAGGCCUGUCAUAGAGGUGGAUGGAUGCUUCCUGAAAGGGCCAUUCAAGGGACAAUUGUUAGCUGCAGUUGGAAGGGAUGGGAAUAAUAAUAUGUACCCAAUCGCAUUUGCUGUUGUCGAAGCUGAGACCAAGGACUCUUGGACAUGGUUUUUAGAAACCCUGGUGUCCGAUCUUGGAGUGCAUGAAGGGGCUGGUCUCAUGCUAGCUUUAGAGUCUGUGCUUCCAACGGCGGAUCAUCGAAUUUGUGUUAGGCAUCUGUAUGCCAACUUCAGAGACUUGGAGGGCCAUAAAGGAUUGGCAUUGAAAGAGCAGUUAUGGGCUGCAGCAACCGCAUACACUGAACAUGAGUUUACAACUCAUAUGGAAGAAUUGAAGAAACUUAGUAAGGAUGCAUACGAUUACUUGAACAAGCUUGACCCCAGUGGGUGGUCUCGGGCUUGGUUUAAUGAAGCUCCAAGGUGUGAGUUGCUGGUGAACAAUAUCUGCGAGUGUUUCAACUCAUACAUCCUCAAGGCUCGUGACAAGCCUAUUUUGACAAUGUUGGAAAUGAUAAGAAAAAAGUUGUUGAGGAGAUAUCAGGCUAAGAGGGAAGGGAUUGCGAAGUUGACAGGGAGGUUGUGCCCUAGGAUUGUGCAAAAAUUGGAGGCAAUUGGGUUGGAUGCAAUGGACUGCAUUGCAACCUAUGCUGGUGAUGGAAUGUUUGAGGCAAUGGGAAAUCACUGGAAUCCCUGUCCCCAUGCAUUUGCUGCUGUACUCUAUGAUUGUGGGAAUUCGGAGGACUAUGUUGAUGAAUGCUACACAAUCGAGACGUACAAGAAGGCAUAUGCACCAAUAAUUUACCCAAUGCCUAGUGAGGAACAAUGGAUAAAGACCAGACAUGAUCAUUUGGAACCACCUACAAUUAGAGUAGCCCCCGAGAGACCAAAGAGGUUAAGAAAGAGGGCUCCUAAUGAGAGUAGGGACCCAAAAAAUCCUAACCGAAUUAGGAAAUUUGGAGCAAGGAUGAGAUGUGCGAAGUGUACUGGUUUGGGUCACAAUAAGAGGAGCUGUCCACUUAAUCAAUCUUCAGGAAAUCAGCUUAAUACCCCCCCUACAGCAAGUUCACAAAGUGUUGGGUCCAAUACUCGAUCAACUGGUAAAAGCAAGGCACGUGUUGUGGGCAAGAAAGCUAAGGCGGUGAAAAGUAGUGGCAGUGGUGGUCCCAGCCAGUCAUCAAAUGCAGUAAAGAAUAAAGAGGACUUGAAGAAGAACAAUACAGCAUCUGGGUCAACCGCUGGUCCACAAGCAUCCACCAUACUCAAGAAGGGUAAGGGGAAAGGUCAGCCUACACAUGCUCCACGUGGAUUUGUAAUCCCCAGACUUGUUGAUGAAAGGGAGCACACACCUCCCCCUGGAUUUGGAGCUGAAAGAGGCGCAACACUUCCACCUGUUGAAAACCAAAAUGACGAUCUCGCCCCCUUUGAACCUGGGGUAGGAAUUGCCUUACCUGCAUCAUGA